UUGCUGUGUCGUGUGGAGUUUCGUUAAUUGAACGCCACCUUUCCUUGUUGAUCUUGUUUACCAUAUUUUCUUACUUUGAAACUGUUUAAUCGACCUUAGAAUAGUUUGUCUGUCUUUAGCUCCACUUGGCGUCAGUAUCGGGGUUGGUUAACUUUUAAUUCAGUUCUAAUUUGGUAUACAUGUUUGUUGUCAUAAAAGGUCUUCAUUUCAAAGUGGUAAAUUAACAUUAUAUCACACCUGCUAGCGUUACAGACUGGUAUUUUAACUCGAGGGAAACAGUUACCCGACAGUUAUAUCAUCCCGUCUGUGAUAUCGAUCAUUUUCUAAAAAUAAAAACCCAUUUAUAAAGACCAUGUAACAUAUAUUUAAAAAACAAUGAAAUAGUGUUAACAUGGAAAAUUUAGAAAAUGUAGAAUCAUUGUUUAAAUCUUGUUAAAUAGAUACUAGAACACUAGUUUAAGGAACACGCCAUACAAUGAAUAAAUAGCAGUAAAGGUCGUUCCUUAUACUGUAGCAACGGAUAUGACACAAGAUAUAUAUAAACAACUUCAAGGACGUGUUUAAAUGAUUAAAGAAAUUGUUUGAUUCAGAACACUCUUUAAGGUUUAAAGUGGAAAGGAUAUUUUUAGAAUGAAAAAAUGAAGGAUAUACACGCGUCUAUUGAAGGAGGGUUUACAUUUAUAUGAAAUUCAUUUAAUCUACGUUUAAGAAUACACACUAUUGUUUUCUCGCCAACCAUUUUAACUAUGGAAAUACAUCAUUAUUUACCUUAUAAUCAGAAUGGCGGAGUUAUGAAAAUAUCUGAUGGCUGGGAGAACCUGAAGCGGAAACUUGAUGAUGACAUAACUCAAGAGGUACUUGACAGGAUUAUCUUUCUCAUUGAUGAUAAAAUCAAAACAAACCCUGAAAUCGAGACUGUCACGGAUAUCCUAAAUACAUUAGAAAACUCUAAGUCUUUCGAAGAUGUAUUGUCAAUUCUUGAACAUGUUUUCGGACAUAUGAACAAUUAUCCUGAAUACGAAGACAAAAGUUUCUAUCAACUUAUAAGGAAAUGUAGGCUUGUGAAAAGAAAAUUUGGUUGCUCCAAUAUAAUUGGACGAGAAAAAGAAAUAAGAGAAGCAAUCAAAGCUUUGGAGAGUUCUGAUAACAACGGUUUAUGGAUAUACGGAAUGGGUGGACUUGGAAAAACAUUGCUUGCAAAUGAAAUAUCUGCACAGUUACAUUUGUCUCGUAAAACUGCUGUAAUCAAAUUGGAUUUAAAGCAGUUUAAAGACGCUGUUGAAUUGAUCAAAAGUCUUCUUGAAAAGUUUCAAGUAUACUCAAGGAACUCCGAGACCAGUGCUUCUUUGACGAGUCAACUUCUGUCUCAGCUAGAAGUCAACAAACAAGACACGUGCAUAAUACUUGACAGCAUUGAGGACGUUUAUGACUUGGAUCACGAAGAAGUUAUUGACUUCUUGCACAGAUGCUUUGCCACUUCAACAAAUAUGCCAAUUAAAUGGAUUAUAACAUCAAGAAAAGAUGCAGGCGUAAAAUUUGACGGACUGAAAGAAAUAGGACUAGGACCUUUGAAUGAUGGCAGUGCGGAAAAAUUGUUCAAAAUUUCAACAGGAAAUGUUGAAGUACUAAAUGAAAUGCAUCACCGUAUCCUUCAAAAGACGGAUAAUAACCCACUUGCUAUUAGACUUGUAUCAUCUGCUUUAAAUUCUUACAAUGUUGAUGGUAAAUUUGACAACUUGUCAUUUCUGAGUUCACAACUGCAAACCAGUAUGUACGAAUGUAUUGAAUAUGCAUAUAUGUCCCUAACAGAAUCUGAAAGAGCCCAACUGAAUUUAUUAACAGUAGUUGAAACCUCCUAUUUCGACAUAGAAAUAGUUAAAGCUGUUUUAGAAAAAGAUGACGAAGAAGCACUUCUCAUUUUGACGACACUUAUCAAUCGUCAGCUUGUUAAAAGGAUAUGUUACGGACGCUAUUGCCUCCAUCACUUGAUACUUGAUCAUAUUAGGAAUCGACCUGGUUACGAAGAGUGUUCAAUGAAAGCACAAAAUAACUUUUGUCAGCAUAUGAUUGAAAGGUUAGAGCCAUACGUGCAACAGGCAGAUAAGGACUACUCGGAAGCUAUAGCUCUAAUUUCUAGCAAUAAGCCAUUUCUGAAAGUCCUAUUCAAUGCCCUAAGUAUUCGCAAAAAAGAUAGUAAUCAUUUACUUACAAGUGAUGUAAGCAAAACUUUAAUACGACUGCAAAAAAUGGUUCCAAUGACAAAUAACGAAAAAGAAAUACUUUAUAGAAAUAUAACCAUGCAAAUACUUCCCGAUGGAAGACAUCAUGCAAAUAUGUACUGGAAACUUGAGGAAAUAAGGAUGAUGGAGGACAAUAAUAGGUUUACUGAUGCAGAGAAAGAAAUAUCAAUUAUUGAAGAAACAUUAAGAAUGAUACCUGAAGACAAUACAAGCUCAAGUAUUAAAGGAACAUUUUGGUACAUUAAGGGAAGAUUCUUUCGUCUUAAAAAAGUUAAACAAUAUAUCGAUGCUAUUGAGUGCUUUAAGAAGUCGCGUUCUAUCAAUAAGCGUAUAGGUAACAUUCCUGAAUAUACGGAAGCUUUAGAUGCAUUAGGAAAUACAUAUUAUGAUAUGGGAGAUGAUGAAACAGCUUUAUAUUAUCACCAAAAAGCAUUUGAUAUACUACAAAAGUAUACAUCAGACGAGUUUCAUCCAGACUUAUCUGUUUACGAAUUUAAUAUUGGAACUAUAUAUUUCUCAAAGGCUGUGAAAGAAUAUUCCAUUUCCAAAUACGUCACAAAAAAUGCAAAAGAAUACUUUGCGAAAUCUAUUCAGAUUUUCGAGAGAUCUUUGCAAAAGGAUAAAACGAUGAAAGUACACAAAAUGCAAAACUAUGCAAAAAAGUUAUCCCUUAUGGCAGAGGCACUGUUUUAUAUAAGUAAUAGUGAUAACGAACGUGCAGAAGCAGUUGGUAUAAUGAAGGAAUCACUAAAAAUAAAAAAUUCUUCCUACACAAAACCUACUAGGAAUAAAACGUUGGCGAUUUUUAAAACAGGACAGGCCUUUUUGAAAUGGCGAAGAAUAUUUCCACAAAACGAAAGCAUUAAAAGAGAUUUGUUGGUUGAAGCAACAUCGUGUUUCGUAAAUGUAAUAAAUGAAAUCAAGAGCAACAGCAGAGCGCGUCUUGAUGAAAAAGAUACAGAUCAUCUCUGUGAUAUUUUAAAAAGAAAGAUUUUAAAAGCUGUUAGUGAGAAAACCUGCAAAUCUAUCAAAAAAUUUAUUCAGCAAUGUGCCUCGGAUUCAUCCUCAGAAUCAUCAUCAAGUCUUGAUCAUAAUGACAGUGAUGAAGAUCAAAACAGUAGUGAUAACAACGAUAUUUCAAGUUCUGAUGAUGGCAUAUUAUGUGCAGUACUCGAGAAGAAGAAUGCUGCUCAAUUUCAAGAGAAUUUUUUCAGUGAAAUAAGCAAAAUGGAAGUAUCUGGUAAAGUUUCCAGAAAGAGACGUCAAUCAUUUGAUUCCGAGUAAAGUCAAUGUAGUGCCGGGGUUUGCAGACAAAAAUACUCAAUGGGGUUUUCUUUUUAUUCUGGUACAAGAGCCUAUCACAAAUAAAAAGAUUAUAAGACAAAUAACAAAGAGAAAUAUUUUGCUUUAGACAAUUCAUAAAUUACAUGCAUCUAUUUUACAAUUACAAUGAUUACAAAAUAUACAUUAUUAACAUUUCACAUUACAAAUAGAAUAAAUAUAUACAUACCAAAUUUAAUGUAGAAUAUUACUUAGAAUAUCAAUAUAUAUAAUGUUUAAAUCAGACGAUCAUAAAUCUAGAAGUAUUUUCAAUAAAAAAUAAAUUCUUUACGAAAAACAUGUUAUUACUUUGAAUACAAUGAUCAGUUGCUAAGAAAUGUUAAAUCUAUCCAAGAGCCAAUCUGCUUAAAUUUUACCACUUUCACAUAAAUCAAUCAACUUGCAGAUCCAGUUCAAUUACCUAUAACAAAAUGACAAUAAGCAAAACAUGAACACUAACACCACAAUAGAUUUUGUCUGGCCUUUAAGACAAAUUACAGUAUACAUAAUAGAAUAAAAGACUUGAUAUUUUAAACCUUAUCUGUAUUUAUGGUGUGCUUAAAAUGUCAUCACUAUUCUUGAAAAAAGAGAAAUAAAGAGAAGGAAAUUAUUACAAUAUCCCAAGACUUUCAUGUUGUUUUGAAGGAAGAAUUUGUAGUUUACGUGUAGUUUAUAGCUUGCCAAUUACUCAGACAUUCUAUGCAUCAUCAUUAUUAUCUGUUUUGUUCUUCUGUACAAUAAGAUAUUGUGAGCGGUUUAAGAUGACGGAAGAUAAUUUUGUAAUCAUAAGAUAAAAGAGAAUUUCACUUGGCGAAUAAGAAGUAUCUAAUUUACACAAUAUUGUUUUUAAGCUAAGUGGUGGAAAUAACGAUAGAUGUUUUGCGCGCUUUAUCCGGUUUAACCUCCCCAAUUGUACUUUUGUGGCGUUCGUUCGUGAUGUCCUUUAAAUGUUUAAUGAAGAUGUUUUUAUUUUAAUUUUGAGUGGUAAUUCUAGCAGGAAAUGCUUAAGGAUGAUAUUUUAGGAUUGGUAAUUUGUCCGCCUUGAAAAUAGGUUAAAUAUUACUCUAGAGAUCACAGAUUUGUUUGUAUUUCAUUCAAAGGUGUCCAAUGUUUUGUCAAUAACACCUUGCAAAAGUUAAACAUGGUUUAGUUUAAACAUUUUUUAUUCCUUUCAAUUUUUUUACAAGAUGCACAAUGCAAAUAUAUUGAAAAAUACAUAAAAAUACAUUUUGAAAGAAAAAGGGUUGGACCACAUGUCCAAAUAACAUUAGUAAUUCGGUCCGUCCCUAAAACAUGGGUACAAUGAGGCAAAACACUUGAACAAACGAUAACAUGUUUUUUCUUCAAGUCAUAAUGAAACUUGCUCAGAAUAACAGUUUUGAAAAAAAACCUUUUGUCAAAUUUGUAUAUGGGUAAUCUAGGGUCAUAAGCGAAGUCCUUGUUUCUGGGUGUUGUGGCGGUUGCGUUUAUUGAACGCCGCAUUUCCUUGUUGAUCUUGUUUAUCAUAUCUUAAGUAAAAUAUGAAAAAGGAGAUCAAUUUUGAAGGGCGGCAUUCAGUGAACGCAUCUGACAGCAGGACACCAAACAGGACGGAGUGAACGGUCAAAACGCGGAAGGCACGCCACAACAAACCAUUCAAAAUCGGAUAUUAUAGAAACCUUCAAGGCAACAAAAGAUAAAAAUGAAUUAAAAGACCUUCAAAAGGACAUGGACGCUGAGGAGGGUGUAAAUUGAAAAGAAAUAUAGGGGAAAGGGUAGAUACUUACCGUAGACGAAAAAGAAGGGACACAAAAGUGUCAGCACAAUAUAUAUGUAACAAAAAACGAGACAUACAUGUGGACCGCCUUUGAACGGUAAGCAACAUAAGCACUACUGGGGAUUUUGAACUAGUUAUUGGUCCAUCAAACCUCACUCUUAGCCACGCCAUGUUCCCUUAAAACGAUACAAUGAAAAUAAAAUGAAUUCCCGCCAAGUGAAAUACUAACACAUGUUACGGUUACAAAAGGUGAAGUAAGUUAAUCACAGAAAUGAUCAUGUACAUACAUAUAAAAGUAAGCCACAUAAGAAAGGCACAUAUGAGAUCGUAUUUAAGGUCGCUCACUAUCAAUGGUACAUGGUAACAUACUUCAACAUACUUCAACGAUUUUGUGAAUUAAUG